ACACAAAAACGAAAGAGUUAAGGGGUUUAGCUGCUUACGAUUCUUUCUCUGCGCGUGCGUUGCCGUUACUUUCCAGUUUUGUGAUGGCGAAGCGUCUGGUUCCACUCUUGAAUCGCGUUCUUGUUGAGAGAAUCGUCCCUCCGUCGAAAACCGCCACCGGAAUCUUACUUCCGGAGAAGUCCGCCAAGCUGAACUCUGGAAAAGUUGUUGCUGUGGGUCCUGGCACUCGCGAUAAGGAGGGACAGUUCAUCCCUGCCACUGUGAAGGAAGGAGACACUGUUCUGCUGCCAGAGUAUGGAGGAACUGAAGUGAAGCUCGGUGACAAAGAGUACCAGCUAUAUCGGGAUGAGGAUAUACUGGGAACACUGCACGACUGAUGUAUUGUUUGACCUAUGAUCGUGUUAAUUUUGUUCAUGAUUUAUCCUAGUCGAUUUAAGUUCUGUAGCAUGGAGUCGAUCUUUGCCGAUGCCCUACUGUUUAACUUUGUUAUGUGCUCAUAAAUUAGAUGAAGGAAAAUGUGUAAAACUGUUCCGUUAUUGGGCAAAUAGUUUGAAUGCAACUAAGACGUUUUUAAUA